CCUACAUUUAGGGCGCCUACGUAGGGACUUUGCUGUGAUUGGGAACAUCGACAUAGUUAAACUUCCCUUAUCCCACCUUAUACGUUGUUUCUUGCUUGGGGAAAGAGGUUCUACUGUUAAACUGGCAGGCGACAGAAGGAUAAAAUGGUUUCGUGGAUUAUAUCCAGAGUUGUUGUGCUUCUCUUUGGCACACUUUAUCCAGCAUAUUACUCCUACAAAGCAGUCAAGACCAAGUCUGUGAAAGAAUACGUGCGGUGGAUGAUGUAUUGGAUUGUGUUUGCUCUUUAUACCGUAGCAGAGACGAUCGCAGACCUCUCCAUAGCAUGGUUUCCGUUGUACUACGAGUUAAAAAUGUGCGUGGUGAUCUGGUUGGUGUCGCCGUACACCAGAGGAGCCGGUCUGAUCUUCAGGAAGUUCCUGCACCCGCUGCUGGCCUCCAGAGAGAGGGAGAUAGAUGAUUACAUCGUUCAGGCCAAAGAGAAGAGUUAUGAGACCAUGGUGAACCUUGGAAGGCAAAGCCUCAGUGUUGCUGCUUCAGUCGCUGUCACUGCUGCUGUCAAGGGACAGGGUGCCAUCAGUGAGCGUCUAAGGAGCUUUAGUAUUCCUGACCUCACCCAGGUUCCGUCCAGCCAAUCAGCAUUCGCGAAACCGGCCCAGCUGGGCAUUGAGAGUGAAGACCCCAGCACCCAGGGCUCUGAGUACAAGCAGGCAGGACACAGGGAGGAAGUAGAUGGGACGUGUUCAGAGGACGACUCAUCGUUGCCAAAGGGUCUGCGCAGAACUCAGAGUGUGAAGAUGAGCCGUGCCAAAGUUGUACGCAAAGAGUCUCGUUACAGCUCCCUGAAAAUUAAAACCAGAAGGAGGCCAGUGAUCGCUGCCAACACGUUUGAACAGCCAUGAUCAACAGGAAACACGCCAGAAACCAGCUUGGAUCGUCCCAUUAGGCAAACCACAAAACCUUUGAAUGAACAGGCCUAGUCCUUUUUAAAACACACUGCUAAGGACCGUCUGUAUGAACAGGCCUAGUCCUUAUGUGUCACCCAACAAACCUCCCAUGAAAAGACCUCAUCGUCCAGUAAUGCACCAGCAAAGUAUGAACAAUUAGUCAUUCCGUAACACCCGCUAGUCAUCCCACAGUACAUGCCUGAUGAGCUGUGGUAUGAACAGACCUGAUCGUCCUGCAACACACACCAUAAAAACCUCUAUAUAAACAUGUCCCGUCAAUCCGUAAUCCGACGGACGGAGACAGAUUGUGCAAUAACACGUGACAAAAGCAUCUGUAUCAACAGGCCUGGUCAUUAUUAUAUUGAUGAUUUAACAGACACGAUCAUUCCAAAAGACACCCAAAGAGCAUCUAUGAACAGUCCCGAUCGUUCCACAAUACACUAAUGGGAAGCAUCUAUAUGGGCAAACCCUGUCAUCGCGUAAUACAAAUCCGUAGAGCCGUUGUAUGAACAAGCUUUGUCGUUCCCAACGAUCCUCGAUACGACCAGGCUUUGUCAUUCCGUAACACACACCCGAGGAUCCUCUAUAUGAAUGGGCUUCGUCAUUCUGGAACACACAUCUAAUUAGCUUAUAUACAAAUGGGUGUCAUCAUUCUGUAACAAAAAAAAACUCGAGGACCAUUUAUAUAAAUGGGUUUUGUCAUUCUGUAACCUACUUGAGGAGCCUCUAGACGAAUGUGCUUCGUCAUUCUAUAUCACACAUGAAGAUCCUCUAUAUUAAAGGGCUUCGUCAUUCCGUAAAAAAAAAACACACCUGAGAACCUUGUCUAUGAACUGGCAUCGUCAUUCUGUAACACACUCCUGAGGAUGAUCGUCUAUAUGAAUAGGCUUCAUCAUUCCGUAACACGCCUGAGGAUCCUCUAUAUGAACGGGCUUCGUCUUUCUGUAACUCGCAUCCGAGGAGCUUAUAUAUAAAUUGGGUUUUGUCAUUCCGUAACACACACCAAAGGACCCUCUAGACGAUUGGGUUUCGUCAUUCCGUAACACACACCAGAGGAUCCUCUAUACGAAUGGGUUUUGUUCCGUAACACACACCAGAGGAUCCUCUAUAUGAAUAUGUAUGGGCUUCGUCAUUCCAUAACACACACCAGAGGAUCCUCUAUACGAAUGGGUUUUGUCAUUCCAUAACACACACCAGAGGAUCCUCUAUACGAAUGGGUUUCGUCAUUCCAUAACACACACCAGAGGAUCCUCUAUACGAAUACGAAUGGGUUUCGUCAUUCCGUAACACACACCAGAGGAUCCUCUAGACGAACGGGUUUCAAAGAAGAGGUGGCGUUUCAACUUUGGAUACAUGGCUGUCUGUAUCAGCGUGAACUGGGCUAGUAACACUGGGUACACUUACGCUUGCUACAGACGCGGUGUUAGACGGACCUGGGCCACCGCUGUCAGAGGACUGUGGUUGCGGGGCGAUAGCUUUGUAGCCACUUCUCCAUUUUAAUGUUACGAGCUAUUACUUAACUUCAUCAUAUAGCCGUGUGCUGGCGAUAAAUGACAUGCGGUCAAAUGCACACUGACGCAGGACUGUGAGUGGUUUGCAGUUUUGACCGUGAAAGACAGGCUAAUAUGAUUGGAUGUCAUGUAUUUGACCUUUACAACAUUGCAAUUUUGCUGUUUGUACACUGGAGGGGGCACAAGUUCAUUUUUUGGCCGUGAGGAAAAACAUGGAUUACAAUUUUAAUGUUAUUUAGUGAGGCGGAAUUAAAUGAACAGUAAUCUCAGCAUUUUGCUGACGUACCCCCUCCGUCACCUCAGUUUGGGAACCACUGCUCUAUACGAAUGGGUUUCGUCAUUCCGUAACACACCUGAGGAUCAUUAAAGGGCGUCGUCAUUCUGUAAAAACACCCCUGAGGAUGAUCGUCUAUAUGAACGGGCUUCGUCAUUCUGUAACCCACAUCCAGACGAGCUUAUAAAUGAAUAGGCUUCAUCAUUCCGUAACACACAUCAGAGGAUCUUUUAUAUCAAUGGUUUCGUCAUUCCGUAACAUACACACCUAAGGAGGCUUGAUAAACACUUGGUCGUCCAUUAACACUCCAGAGCCUCAGUAUGAAAUCUAUAGCAAGUGUUUAUCAUUAAUUCAUUAAUCCCUUAGCUGUUUUACCUUGAGCCCCUCUCCCCCAUCCUCCCCAAAUCAACACUGGCCUAAAAUGCUGGACUGGUAUAAGGUGACAUUUGACAUAAACACACCAUGAACGUUUGUGACGUUGACUGACAAUGUUCUUCAUUUAUGCAGAGAUACGUCUCUUAGGAUCAUUUUCUCAUCUUAAACGAAUAUAGCGGGGGGGUGUGUGGGGGGGGGGGUGGCGUCGUCAUAGCAACAGCUUUUAAAACGGCUUUUCCAUUUAUUAAAGUGUAUAACAGCUCGGCGUCAGACACUGGCAGAUAUUAUUUAUUAUAUCUAUUUACACCGAGAACCGAAAUACUUAAAAUAGCCUGCCUAUUAAUAAUUAAUACAAAUUAAUAAUCUUCAUUCGUGAAUUUUCAUCAAUACUGGUCUGUAUUUUAUCUCAACGGCUAGUUAGUUUCUAACAGGAAGCGUAGUAAUCAUAUCGUUUCGAUUGUUUUGUCGCAAUACCAAAAAGCGGCCUUUAAUUCCUUAGUGGGUUUUAUAAGGAGUUUCAGGUCUACUGCUUUAACAUUCAUAAUGAAUGCAGCUAAUAUUAAGCACUUUUCCAACACUGACCUGCCUACUUCUCUCAGAUGUGUGCGUGUGGAUGUCGCAACGCUCUGCGGCCUGUUUACAAUUUAUUCUCCGUGCAUUUUUUCUUUUCUUUUUGUUUUUCCCCGUCUUGUAAUAAUGCUUAGUUUAGGGCGUGUACAGAUCAUUUAACUUAACACAAUAUUGUAUUUGUUUUCAUUUCACAAGUCGUAGUAUUCCUGUGUCCAGAAGGAGUCUACCUUUGACGGCACAGAUUUGCCGAGCGCUUGUGCUCCAAACCUGAAGGCUGUGUCCCCGUAGUUCUGUUCACAGGACGAGAAUUCCCCUACGAACGUUUGGACACUAUGGCAGAACCAACCGUUCUGCCGUUUUUCCCAAGCACAACGUCAUGAUAAUAUCGGAAGCUGGUAAAUAAAAGCGUUCCAAUUUAACGGCCUAGCGCUCUUCGAACACGUGGAUGUGAACCGAAUGUACGCUAAGCACCGUGCUUGUGCUCUGCGGUCUUGUUUCGAGUUGAACCGUGCGUGUAUUUAUGUAUCGAGACGCUUUCUUCCUUUUAAAUGUAGCUUUGUGGACUCGUAUUUAGUCUAGUCCACUAGUGGACUUCAUCUGCACUUUUAAAUUCCGGAUCGGACUUAUCGAGUAUCCUGAAACAAAAACAUGAGCUAAUUAUUUAGUUUUAAAUUCAUGGACUCAAAACUAUGCUCAAAUUCUCUCUCUCGCUCUCUCUUUUUUUUUCUUUUCCACUUCUUCCCAGAAGAAAUGACGACCAAAAAAAUCGUAUAUUAACGUGUGUUAUAUUGUUAGUGUUUGUUACUACGGUGUUGAACUGUUCUGUUUUCUCGCCUGACGCGGGUGUAAAUGUGUAAGAGAGAACUCGGUCCCAUACUCGUCUAUUCAGCAUCCGUUCUGUAAACGUUAGAACAUUCAAAUUUGGCCUAGAUCCACGUAUGUGCAUUUGUUAGACUGAGACGUCGUGUAAGAUGACCGAUCGGUUGCUUUUGUUGUGCGAGUUAAAGCAGAGUGGUUAAGGAGAGAAAACACUAACAUUAUUAUUAUGUACUCUCUUAUGAGAGAAAAUCCAGCAGCUGGUUUGAAGGCCGUAGUUAAUGCCGGAUCUACACCGGCACGUCCAGUCUGAGCGAGCCUGAAUGUCUCUGCAUCGAUUGUUAAAUAAAGUCGAAAUGCUUUGAUUUUAUAACUGUCCUGUUUUCAAUUCCACACAUGGUAUAUAAAAUGUACGACUAUUUACACUGACAUUUAUUCAUUUAGUAGACUUAAAAAUGAGGAUUUAUCAGCCAGGGCCAGAAAGGAACCGUGUGAUUGGUGUGCAAUAUAUAUAUA